AGUUCAUGAAGUUUUCCAGUAUUUUAGUCUAAGCUAAGUACAAACUAAACGAGCAUCACUAAGCAGCAAGAGCGGGGAGAGUACGACGGCAUGGAGAACGAGAGAACAGGAGCAUGAGGAACGAGAGAGAACAACCGAAAAUCUAAGUCUACAACGCGCACUUACACUACGAGAAUGCAGGCCCCGCUUGGGCGAGCAUAGGGCGGCCAAGCGGGAGAGAGAGGAUACAAAGUAGUUACGACGCAUUAGAAUAUGCAAAGCGCCGAUCAUGCGAGCAGAGGACGGCGGCAGAGGACUGCAGCAGAACGCAUUAGUUUUGGUGGCUGAUGAGUUUUGGCGAGGGCAAUCAAUCAAUUAUCUUCGAGGAUCGGUCGCGACCACACGCAUGUUCAGCACCCGUUCGACACGGCUCUGCGUUACUCUGGACCACGUGCCAGACUCUUCGAAAGUACACCGGGAAAAGUGAACCACGCUCCGCACACUUCGCACACCUCGCACACCUCGCACAUCGCAACCGCGCCGCGAACACCCGCCGCGCACCGCACCGUGGGACAGGCUCCGCGCCGCCAUCUUCUUUUUCACCGCCACCGAACGAGGCCCCGCUCCAACGUCGCCAAGGACUCCGACGAAUCCCCGCCCCGAACUCUCCAAGAAUCUGUCUGACCUGCAGUGUGACGAUUCGCGGAGGACUUCCCAGCCCGCAGCCCGUGUACCUGAAGACCGACUCCGAGGACUUCUACCCCUUCUCCGACACUGGAGUCAUGGAGUUCUCAUCGGGCGGCACCCUGCAGCUCUCGUGUCCCGCCGGAUUCAACACCCACUCCGAUACUCUGUUGACUGCCACUUGCGUGAGUGGAACCACCUUCAGCGUGGGCGGAACGAACUACGAGUUCAAGGACCUGUACUGCAAGUCCUGGCCGGGAUUCAAGGCGGUCAAGUCGGGGGCCACCUGCAACGGAGGCGUUGUGAUCCGCGUCGGAUUCGAGAUCACCUCCUCGAGGUUCGCCGAGCAGAUGCAGAUCUGCUUCAACGAGGAGGAGGAGGUGACCCGCUACACGCGCCACACCCUGGAGCCCGGUAGCAACUACUACGAGACUGGAGUGGCCAGGAUCACCUUCCAGACGGCCGGCUUCUUCGGCGGCAAGAACGUGGACAAGCUGUACACCCAGGCCACGCAGCUGGAGACGAUCAACAAUGACUUGGGUGGCGAUGCGGCCAAGUACUUCGACAGCGCCAGCAACGUCUACCUGGCUCGCGGUCACCUGGGCGCCAAGGCGGACUUCGACUACGCCCCCGAGCAGCGGGCCACCUUCCUGUUCAUCAACGCGGCUCCCCAGUGGCAGACCUUCAACGCCGGCAACUGGGCUCGCGUGGAGGACGGUCUGAGGGCCUGGGUGUCCAAGAACAAGCUGAAUGUGAACUGCUACACCGGCGUGUAUGGCGUGACCACGCUGCCCAACGUGAACGGAGUGGAGACCCCGCUGUACCUGGCCAAGGAUUCGAACAACAACGGCCUGAUCCCCGUGCCCAAGCUCUACUUCCGGGUGGUCAUCGAGCCCACCUCCCACAAGGGCAUCGUCUUCGUGGGCGUGAACAACCCGCAUCUCACCGAGGAGCAGAUCAAGCGCGACUACGUCAUCUGCACGGACGUGAGCGAUCAGGUGACCUACAUCAACUGGAAGACCACGGACAUCAAGGCCGGAUGGUCGUACGCCUGCGAGGUCGCCGACUUCCUCAAGACCGUGAAGACCCUGCCCGCUCUGACCGCCAAGGGAGGCCUUCUCGUUUAAGUGGUCAGAUGAUCAAAUACAGUGCACAACCUUUCAGAAUUUUA